AUGGAUGGGCAAACCUUGUCCAUUACCUAUAUAAAGCUGAUCUUGCCCAUUGUAGAUAGUUGAGUUUUGUAUGUUUCCUUGAUUUGCAGUGACAUGGUGAGAUGCACCGCUGUCUGGAUACCAACUGUUUGUUCAAUUAUAAUUUUCUCUUGUAUGGGCUGUAAACGCUUGAGGUUGAUUUGAAUUCCAUGUCUGAUCGUUAUUUUGCCAUGGAGGAGGCUGAAAGUUUUUGUUGAAUCUUUCCUUGAUAUUAUUUCCCUAUUGUAUUUGCAAGAUUUGCUGUUGGUGGGAAAUCUCCAAUAGACUUUUCUUCUAUAUGUUUAGAAAUAUGCAGAUCAUAUGAUUUCAAAUUGGAGAUUACGUUGUUGAGCUCCAGACUGUCUAAUUGUGGAUAUAUGCUUGCACAUAAUGAAUUGUACUGAUGUUCCAAUCCAUUUAGAAGGGCAUAUGCAAGAUAUUGAUCUUCAAUUUUAUAUCCGCAGGCCUGCAAUUCAUCACCAAUACUCUGAAUGUUCUUAAUAUAGGUGUCAACAAGAAGAUUACCUUUCUUGAAAUUGUGGAGUUUUGCCUAUAGUUCAUUGAUACGGGAUCUUGAUUUGCUUGCAUGAUUUUUCUUGAGUGCUUCCCAUACAUCUUUUGAUGUCUCUUUAUUGAUGACAUAAUGCCGUAUUGAUUCAGAUAAAGAGUUAGUAAUCAGGGUAAGAACUGCUUGAUCCUUUUUGUACCAUGUUUUAUAUUCUGGAUUUGGAAUAUGCUUUUUAUGUCCAUCGAUCUUCGAUAUGAGCAGUGGAUCAUCUUCAAGAACAUAUAUGGGAUCAUGUGUUCGCAAGAGUGGAAGCAGUUGCGUCUUCCAUAGUAGGAAAUUCUCCUUUGUUAGCUUGAGAGAGAUUGAUAAUGCUGGAAUCCUAGUUGAAUCGCAAUAGUGCUGUGAGAGAUGAUUUGAGCAUUAGAAGCACCUUCGGUUUCAUCACCUAUGCUUUUCUGUGGAAGACUCAUUGUCAGGUCUUUGAGCACCGUUGGGCUAUGGCUCUGGUACCAUGAAAGAAAUCAAGAACAGAGGGAUAGAACAGAGCAAGAAGGAGAGAAAGAGGAGAAGAAGAAGAUAGAAAGAAAAGGAACUUCUAUUGAUCGUGAAAGAAAACUUGAUUAG